CAUAAAUUGACUGCCAAACAGCUGAUUUGUCCGUGUCUGUUUUCCGUUCGUGCAAAAAAUAACAAGACAACUUUUCUUGGCAAGAUGUGGUUCGAAAUCCUACCUGGCGCCGCUAUCAUCACCGUGCUUCUGUCCGUGCCCAUUUACGCCAUGUACGGCGUGCAGAAGCUGACGCUGGGCAAUGCCUUCCGUCGCAACAUGGACGAGCGUUUCAGCCGUGUGAUGUACCAACGCGACUUCCGACUGACCGAUAAUCCGUACUUGAUGAAUGGACUUGACGCCAUUCCCGAUGAUGAAGAAGACGAUCAGAACAAGGAGCAGAAUGAAGAUUUCAAUGUGGGUGAUGAUCCCGAUCAGGAAAAUUAGAUCAAUCCAAAAUGAAACAUGUAUACUGUAAUUUCAAUUCAGAAUAAAGUCAAGGGCCUCCCCUUUGCCUUGGCUUUUGCCGCGCA